AGUAGCAAAGCAAUGUCUUCUGAUGGGAUUCCGGAGCCCGACGACCUCCCAGAUGCUCCUCCGCCUCAUGAUGCGGAAAAGGACCUAGAUGAACAAUAUCCCAAUAGGCCUCACAAUCACGCUCCGACACUACCCUUCCACGAGCUCUUCGAGACUCUCUUUAACCCGCUGAAUGAACUUAAGAAGAAGCCCACAGGACCUGUUGCCGCACGUCGGAAAGCCGGACCUCAUGGCCACAGUGCCCAGAAUCUUUCACCACAAGAGAGGCGACGCGAUGUCAUCGAGCGCUUUAUCGCCCGAUGGAGGAAGGAGGUCGGAGACGAUAUAUACCCCGCAUUCCGGUUGAUUAUCCCGGAGAAGGAUCGCGACAGAGCCAUGUAUGGGUUGAAGGAAAAAGUCAUCGGAAAGCUGCUCGUGAAGAUUAUGAAAAUUGACAAGAACUCCGAAGAUGGCUUCAAUCUGCUCAAUUGGAAAAUCCCCGGCCAGUCGGCCGCGAGUCGCAUGGCAGGUGACUUUGCGGGCCGAUGCUACGAAGUGAUCUCGAAAAGACCUAUGAGGACAGAGGUCGGGAACAUGCUGAUAGAAGAAGUGAACGAGAGACUGGACAAGCUCGCUGCGGCCUCCAAGGAAGAACAGCAAUUGCCCAUCCUGGCGGAAUUCUACAGACGUAUGAACCCGGAGGAGCUGAUGUGGCUGAUUCGAAUGAUCCUCCGGCAGAUGAAAAUCGGUGCUACGGAACGGACUCUUUUUGAUGUCUGGCAUCCAGAUGCAGAAAGUUUGUUUAGUAUCUCCAGCAGCCUGCGUCGUGUGUGCUGGGAGCUCCAUGAUCCGAAUAUUCGCCUCGAAGCAGAUGAAAGAGGUGUGACACUUAUGCAGUGCUUCCAGCCCCAAUUGGCACAAUUCCAGAUGCACUCAUUCGAACGGAUGGUAGAGCGGAUGAGGCCCACUGAAGAAGACCCGACAUUUUGGAUCGAAGAGAAACUGGAUGGCGAACGUAUGCAAUUACACAUGGCACCUGAUGACACUGUGCAAGGAGGAAGGAGAUUUGGUUUCUGGUCGAGGAAGGCAAAAGACUAUACUUACCUUUAUGGCAAUGGUCUAUAUGAUGAGAAUGGUGCUUUGACAAGACACCUGAAAGAUGCAUUUGUGGAUGGUGUGGAGAGUAUCAUCCUGGAUGGUGAGAUGAUUACUUGGGAUCCUGAACAAGAUGCUCCUGUUCCAUUUGGUACUCUGAAGACGGCGGCUUUAUCAGAACAACGGAACCCUUUCUCGUCAGGGCCGCGGCCGUUAUUUCGGGUUUUUGAUAUAUUAUAUCUCAACGGACAAGAUCUAACAAGGUAUACUCUCCGCGAUCGUCGAACAGCCUUGCAAAAAAGCAUAAACCCUGUGCAUCGCAGAUUUGAAAUACAUCCAUACGAGGAGGCCAGAAGUGCCGCAGAGAUUGAGCCGUUACUGAGAAAAGUCGUUGAAGAGGCCUCUGAAGGAUUGGUGCUUAAGAAUCCCAGAUCACCAUAUCGACUUAAUGAACGCCAUGAUGAUUGGAUGAAAGUGAAGCCAGAGUAUAUGACCGAGUUCGGAGAAUCCCUCGAUGUUGUUGUUAUCGGUGGAUACUACGGUUCUGGUCGCCGUGGCGGUGGGCUCUCAAGUUUCUUGUGUGGGCUAAGAGUUGAUGAUACUCACUCCCGAAGCUCUGGCCUGCCAAAAUGCUACUCUUUCUGUAAGGUCGGUGGUGGUUUUACCGCUGCUGAUUACGCCAACGUCCGACAUCAUACGGAAGGAAAAUGGAAAGAAUGGGAUCCUAAAAAGCCACCGACGGAAUUUAUCGAGUUAGCAGGCGGAAAUGCACAGCUCGAGAAGCCUGAUGUGUGGAUCAGGCCAGACGAAUCCAUCGUUCUUUGCGUGAAGGCCGCAUCGGUAUCGGUCAGUGAUAGUUUCCGAGCCGGUCUGACACUGCGAUUCCCGCGAUUCAAAAGGCUACGCAUGGAUAAGGACUGGAAGAGUGCACUCUCUGUUCAAGAGUUCCUGGAUCUGAAAGCAAAUGUCGAGCAGGAACGGAGAGAGAAGGAAUUCACGGUCGACAACUCGCGCAGGAAACGGGUCAAAAGGACAACCAAGAAACCUCUCACAGUUGCAGGCUAUGGUCCGGAAACAGAGCUCAAGUAUCAGGGCCCAUCAGGAAAGGUGUUCGAUGGACUGAAUUUCUUCAUCAUUACCGAAUCUACGGAGCCGGAGAAAAAAUCAAAAGUCGAACUUGAACAAUUAGUGAAAGCAAAUGGCGGAAAGGUCUACCAAACGAACACGGUAGCAUCCGAUAUCGUUUGCAUUGCUGAGCGGAGAACGGUAAAAGUGGCAUCCAUACAAAAGGGAGGCAAAGAGAACAUCAUCCGACCGAAGUGGCUCUUUGACUGUAUCAAGCAGAAUCAAGCUGACACCGGCCUAUCCGAUCUGAUCUUGCCUUUAGAACCAAGGCACAUGUUUUUCACCAAAGAUGAUGAAAAGGAGGCCAUUGCUCAGAAUAUUGAUGCUUUUGGAGAUAGCUAUGCCCGUGAUACUUCGGUUGAGGAGCUAAGAGAGAUAUUCAACCAAAUGAAAACACCUGAAAACGUCAAGUCAUCGCAGAUAUCAAGGUUACUUGAUCAACUGGAUGUGCAGGUGCAGGAAAGCAGCCCAGGGGACGCUGCCGUCCCUUGUGGCUGGCUAUUCAAAGGAUUGACAUUAUACUUCAACCGAUCCUCUGAUGAUGGAGGCUCUAAUGUGUUACCCGAAAAAGAGAGUGGUGCCAGUCAGGCAUAUCACCUCCACGUGGCGACCAAUCUUGCAAGAUUUGGAGGAGCUAAGGUUGUUGACACAAUUGAGGACAUGACGGUGACACAUGCUGUUGUGUCUCCCGAAAUUCCCGCUGCAGAGCUAUCCGCCCUCCGGGGUUCACUGGCCAAGAAGAUCGGAAGUAGGAAGAUGCCACACUUAGUUACUGUUGGAUGGGUUGAAGAGAGCUGGAAGGAGCGGACGUUGCUGGACGAGGAUCGAUUCCACCCUUAAAUGUCCAAUUCUCUCGGUACGCAGAGUGCCGUUACUCUAGCCCUUCAUGACCUACAAUGAUACCCAAAUUAUUAUAGUCCUUUUAGCUACCACUCUGUAUUAGCAAAGACAAAGAUGUCGCUAAGAUGAUCAGCUGUUAAACAAGCGUAACAAUAAAUGCAUUAUUACAUAGUCGCACCAGCGUCUCUGCCCAUUUAGCAUGUCUAGCGCUGGAGAUCUCGGCAGCACAAAGACAAAGGACAUGCAUAGAAUUGCGAACUGAGCGCAAAAGUGCCACCCUCCCUUUUCUUUCCUUUGUCUCUGUCGCACAAAGUAUACUGACUUUCACUCCAACCAUUCUCCUCUUUCUACCCGCUCAUGCAUCAUCAAGGCCAAUUCUCCCUAGAAAGCCACAAAUUCAAGCGGAAACACGCCCUAUAAAUUGCCCGCUUAUAAUAC